AUGGCAGACAUUGUUAGUCUUAACUUUCAAAUCGAUGGAAACAAUAAUGAAAAUGAAGUUUUUACAAUUGAAAUUUCCAACGACAAAAAGGUUGACGCCCUUAAACCUAUCGUAAAAAAACGGUUUGCGCCUUUAUUUGAUACCAUUCCUUCUACUCAAAUCAAACUUAGUUUAACCCCAAAUGACGAAUAUCGCAAUUUAGGGUUUUCAUUCGGAAUAGCCUCCCUUCUUGCCGAUUUCGCUGAAGAGCUUCAGGAGCAAAAGAUACGUAGUUUCUCGUCGUACAAAACGCUGGAAGAAUUAAAAGACGUGCCCCGAAAGUAUAAAGUUAACGGUGAGGAGAUUACGAGCAUCAAGCAAUUCAAUCCGGUAUUCGAGGAAAUCGAUGACGACGACAAAGCACUUGAUCAGUGCAUGAAUGAAAUAACACUAAGACUUUCGAAUCUAGAAACGAUGCAAACUAACGCCAACGAAGCUACCCGCUGUGUAUUUAUCACAUCUAUACUAAACGCAUCACUAGCAAUCGUUCGAAGACUUACAAAUGAGGAAAAAAUCUACAUGUCAUAUCAAAAAAACAUUUCUGGUGAGGAGGCAUCUGGACGUGUAGACUAUGCUAUCAAAGGAAACGAAGAUCUCAUGUGCAUAGCUGAAGGUAAACCUCGUAAUGUCGAAAUCGGUUAUCUCCAGAAUAUUAUGCAACUAGAAAGUGCGUACCAAACAAAUAAGAAAAAACGUACAGCUGAUCAAGCAUUUCGAGAUGAUGAUUAUGAUUACCUCUAUGGAAUCGUGUCUACAGCUACGGAAUGGCAUUUCAUUAUGUUUACUACUGAUGGACUUUAUUGUACCAGUAAGAGCGAAUAUCCAAUUAAUCUUUCUAAAAUGGCGCUCAAAGAAGAUCUUGACUCUAUUCGAAAAGGUGUAAGACGGGUAUUAGGUGUUAUCGUUGGAUUAUUGAAGGAUCGAAUUAGUGUUGAUAAUUCCCCAGCCAGAGAAAGUAUCGUUCAGGAUAUAGAAAUUCCAGAGAUCCCGAAAUGUUCAAUCUGUACCAAAGAUAUUCUAUCAAUUGCUUAUAAAGCAUUCACUACGCUCGAGUGUGGACAUGUCUUCCACAGAGUUUGUAUCGAGAAAAAAAUUAUGCAUACAACACCAAGUAUAUGCCCUUCCCCUAACUGUGGUAAAAGCGUUGAUGUUGUUGAUGAGGGUUCAAGACGAGACUCUACAUCUUCUCAAAUAAGUGGCACAUCAACCCUAGUUGACGAAUUUAACACUAAUCUUGGAUUUAAUUCACCACGAACUUCCUCCCAGGGUCAGGCAAUGGAUGUAGAUGAAAAUGAAGAAACAGAGCAUCGGCAUGAGCCAACUGAAGACCAAGUUGAAGAAUCAUCUGAUUCUACCAGUAAAAAGCGGGCUAAUGAAGCUACGGAUAAAUCAACCGAAAAACCUUCCGAUAAAAAAGCCAAGAAAGUGACUAAAGCAGAGGACUCUAUCGUAUUAAAAAGACUUAUCCGUGAGUUAUCUUUCGAUACCACUCGAAUUUCUGAAAUUAGGGAAAAGAAGGGACUCCAUAGACAAUCUGCACAAGAA